UGUAUUGACCCACAUGUUUCGGCAAUGCUGCUCGGACCCCGUAGAAACCUUUUAAUAUUCGUUUACAGACUGCGCGAUUAUCUCCUCUGAAUUUCCUCUGCAGAGAAAAAGGCAAGUUUUUAUUUUUUUCUUCUGAAGACCAUGGAGAAGGAGAGAAAAUCCUCUCAACUGUAUGGCGCGCUGGAAAAGACGCAGGUGGAUGAAGCGACGGAGAAAUCAACAGAUGAUGUCAUUUCGAUGGCCGACUCCACAAUCACAAUCGAGGAUAUUGAAGGAGAGCUGUUCAGAAUUGAACGAAUACGAGACAUUCUCGUACGGCGAGAGUCGGAGCUGAGAUACAUGAUGGAUGACAUCCAGCUCUGCAAAGAAAUCACAAGGCUGAAGCAGGAGCUGCAGAAACUUGUUUCAAUCCCAGACAAAGACAAGUCCAAAGAGGACAGGGAGAGAGAAGAGGAGCUGCUGCAGCAGAUCAACAAGCUGGUGGAGACCAGAGACUUCCUUGUGGAUGACGUAGAGUUUGAAAGGCUGAGGGAAAUAGAGGAAGAUAGAGAAAUGGCCGCCUUCUUACAGUCCAAAUUUCCCAAAGCUUUGGCUGCAAGAGGUGCUUCGCAAGAUCAGAAGGUGGGGUCUAAAUCCCAGACAUCAGCACCGUUUAUCUCCAAAACCGGACUGACGCUGCUGAAGGACUGCUGCGGCUUCACCUGCUCCAUCAUGUAACUGUCCAGAGGAAAACUGCUGAUUCUUAAAGCACUUCCUCAGUGCUUUCAUGCAUCCGUUGUGUCCUUACAAGAAAGAUUAUAUGCGUUUUGCUGUAAUAUAAGUGACAUGUAUUAAAAUAAUUUAUGCGACUUGCUGCGGUGAAAUACUGUGUUUAUAUGUAUUGCAGCAGGAAAGCUUGCCGCCUUAUGAAUCUGCUAAUGAUUCCUGCUCAGUUACGGUUGUUAGAUGUUAUUAUAGCUGCUCUGACAGUGCCAUUAGCCAUUGGGGAUAUAUUAGAAAGUGGAAGUACAGAUAUCCCAGAGAGAGCAAAAAUCACUUACCAAUCUCACUUGGGCAUUUGCUGUGGUUGAUGAUUAUUGUAAUGACAUUGUUAUGACUUUAACUGGGCAUUACUUUUAUUGUUUUAUUGUUUUUUAGUAAGAAGUCAUACAGUACCAUAUUUGUUUUAAAAAAAGAAAGCGUUCAACAC